AUGAGUGGAGGACAGUGUUUGCCGAUUAACUCGGCUAUUUCGUGUAAACUUUCGUCGGGCUUUGUAGUUUCCUGUUUCCUGCUACUCUUGUUACUUCAUUUAGUUGGACAAUCAAGUGGGCUGCAUCUGAUAAGCCUGACCGGCCCCGUCGUAGCCGACCUACGCCAGGAUAUGGAGCUCGACUGCCGCUUCGACAUGGGCACCGAGGAAUUAUACGCCGUGAAGUGGUACAAGGAUGACCAGGAGUUCUUCAGAUACAUGCCGCACCAAAAGCCGCACACAUUGUCGUUUCCGGUGGCUGGAGUGCAUUUAGCCUCCCAGGGGACCAACUGCAGCCAGGACUACUGCAAAGUGAGGCUCCACAGGCUCACCAGACAGCACAGUGGCGGCGUUUAUAGGUGCGAGAUAUCCAGCGAGGCCCCGGCGUUCCGUUUGGCGGCGGGCACUCAUAACGUCACCGUUGCCGCUCUACCAAAAGAAAAUCCCAGGAUUGAGGGCUUAACAACGUCUUACAUGGAAGGCGAUACUGUGGUGGCUAAAUGUAUCUCUGACCUAGGGAACCCCGCGCCAAUCCUGUCCUGGUAUAUCAACGGAGAGUCGGUCCCAUUGAACGCAGUUGGCGAGCCGACGAGCUCGGAGCCCGACGAUGUCGGCCUGGUAUCGCGCUCGAUCACGUUGCGCUACCCGGUCGAACGCAAACUAUCCCGGGGGGACAGUAUAGAGAUACGCUGCGUAUCGGCGAUGCCCGGGGUGCCCCAGCAGCCCCUAUUCACCACCCACACCGUACCCCUGAGGUCCCCCAACGAUCCUCAAGUCAUCAACAACCAGAAGCUGCACUGGUACGGCGGCGGAUACAGCUUUGCAUCGCCCCGCUCCCGGCCCCUCCACAUCGCCCGGCUGCUGUUCGCCGCUGUGGCGGUGAGAUGGAGCAUAGGGAGGAUUUUUAAGUAG